GGGUUAUGUGUGGGGUUAGGGGCUUUAUUAAGGCCAAGGGACACGCGUGGGGGCAAACUGAGGGCAUUGGGUCCUGGUAUCCAAUGGGAUGAAGGGAUCUGUGGGGCUGUGGCGGGGCAAAUGGGGCGGGCAUCGGGGUCUGCACGGGGGAGCGGGUGGCUGUGGGCCAUAGGGACAGCAGUGGGGCCUGGGGGACGGGCACGGGGUUGCCAUGGGGUGUGGGGAUGCGUGGGGCUGAGGGUGGGUGCUUUGGGAGGGGGGAGCAGGGCUCGCUGUAGGGCUGCAGUGGGGCCAGGCCCUAUAGGGUGCGAACAGAAGGGGGCAAUCAGACCCCACAGCCCCUUCAGUGAGCUUCUCUGUGCCCCCACUGCCAGGCUGGCCCCCGCCCCACAGUGAUGCCAGCCCACCUGCUGCCCCCCGAGCUCAUCCCCCCCCUCGACUUCUCCUUUUUCCCACUGCGUUCCCUGCAGGAUCUGACCCCCACGGGCAGCCCUUCUCCCACCCUGGCACUCCGCCUGCCUUACACCGGACUGAGCAGCCUGGGGGGGCUGCACCCCACCCUGCAGCAGCUCCUGGCCAACCCCACACAGCUCCGUUGGCUCGACCUCUCCUUCAACUGCCUGACCACCAUUGACCCAGUGCUGACCACGCUGGGGGGGCUGCAGAGCAUCUACCUGCAUGGGAACACCAUCAGCUGCCUGAGUGAGGUGGACAAACUGGGGGCUCUGAACCAGCUGCACCGCCUGACGUUGUAUGGGAACCCUAUGGAGGAGGAGAGGGGCUAUAGGCGCUACGUGCUGGCCUUGCUGCCCCAGCUCAGCACCCUGGAUUUCAGUGCUGUGACCCCGCAGGAGCGCAGGGAGGUGGCUGUGUGGGGAGGCACCCACAGGCAGCCCCGACCCCAGCGAGCUUCACAAUGAAAGAGAGGAGCCCACAACAGAGCAGGCAGCUCGAGCUGUGCCCACCCCUGAGGGCUUACAUGGCCGUUUUGGCGAGGAUGGAGGACAGCAUGGCCUGCUCGUCGGUGCGGGCUGAGGGCAGGCUGUGACAGCUCUGCUCUGCUCCAUUCAGUGCCUUGUUGGGAGGGCUGGCUGCCGGCUCCAGCAGCCGCUUUGUCUCUUCUUCCUAAGAGAAAGAGUCAGAGAAUCGUGAGAAGGA